AUGGAAAAUUUUGCGAUUGUUGGAUUUUAUGGGAUAACACAAGAUCCAAAAACGAAAAAUUAUAUAAUGGUUUUAGAUUAUGCAGAAGAUGGAAGUUUACGAAAUUAUUUAGAUAAAGAAUAUAAAAAGCUUACUUGGAAUAAAAAGUUCGAUUAUUUACGACAUAUUACAAAUGGACUUGAAUGUAUUCAUGAAAAGGAAUUAAUUCAUCGAGAUUUGCAUAUUGGAAAUAUAUUAAAGUUUAAAUAUAAAACUGCUAUAACUGAUAUGGGACUAUGUAAACCUGCAAAUUAUAAUGCAUUAGAAAACGUAAAAAACAACAUAUAUGGUGUUUUGCCUUAUAUAGCCCCUGAAAUUUUAAGAGGAAAAAAUUAUACCAAAGCUGCUGAUAUUUAUAGUUUUGGUAUAAUAAUGUAUGAAGUGAUUUCUGGAUUACCUCCAUAUUAUGAUUUAGGCCAUGAUAAAAAUUUGGCAAUAAAAAUUUGCCAAGGUCUAAGACCGAGAUUUAAUAUUAAAGUACCACAGUUAAUUGUACAUUUAAUUAAAAGGUGCUUAGAUGCCAAUCCAUCAGAACGGCCAAUAACAAAAGAAAUAAAUAAUAUUUUACGAAGAUGGCAAAAUGGAUCAAAUGAAGAGUUACAAACACAAAUUAAGGAAGCAGAUGAAAUAAAUGAAAAUUCAUUAAAUAGCAUUAUACCUUCAUCUGAUUUAGGGAUAUCAUAUAAUACGCAUUCAGAAGCUAUUUAUACAAGUAGGUUACUCGAUUUUAAUAAUCUACCUAAACCAAAAAAUUCCGAUGAUUAUUAUGAACAAAAUGAUAACAUAAUAAGCAAGGAAUAUUCAGAAUCUUUACAACUUAACUUUUCUCAAUUGAAUAUUAAUACGAGCGAAUCUUUGCAAAUCAACAUUUCUCAAUUAAAUAUUAAUGAAAAUGAAUCUUGUCAAAUCAAUAUUUCUCAAUUGAAUAUUAACGAUAAUGAAUCUUGUCAAAUCAAUAUUUCUCAGUUGAAUAUUAAUGAGAAUGAACCUUCAUAAAUCAAUAUUUAUCGAUUGUACGAUAAUGAAGAUAGUCAAAAUAGCGAAUCAGGAAGCAAAAGAAAAAAUUAUUUCUUAAGUCAAAAUAACGAAUCUGAGAGUGAAAGAAAAAAAACUAAAAUAGAAUAAAAUUAUAAUUAUAUAUAUCCUUUUUAGUUUUUUUGCUGCCGUUGCCGAGUUUAAUUAUAAAAUUAUU